AUACAUACACACUCUCUCUCUCUCUCUCUCUCUCUCUCUCUCUUUCACUAGUGCUGUUCAGGUUCCUAUAGAUAACACUACUAUGGCUCCAAAGAAGGAAAUGCCAGCAAAAAAGCCAAUUGGAAAACCUGUUGCUCCAGCAGCUAAGACAAAAGCACCAGAACCAGCAGCCAAAGCUAAAGUACCAGAGCCAGCACCUGCAGUAGUACUCGAACCAGUACCUGAAAAGCCCAAGGAGCCCGCACUGGACCUGUCUAAAGUGGUGAUUGAAUUCAAACCUGAUCAAAUAGAUGAGUUCAAGGAAUCGUUCUUCCUUUUCGAUCGAACUGGAGAUGGCAAGAUUACCUACAGUCAGUGUGGUGAUGUCAUGCGAGCCCUUGGCCAGAAUCCAACCAAUGCAGAAGUCCUGAAGGUACUGGGCAACCCCAAAGGAGAUGAAAUGAAUACAAAAUAUUUGGACUUCGAGCAGUUCCUUCCCAUGCUGCAGGCAAUUUCAAAGAAUAAAGACCAGGGGACCUUCGAGGACUUUGUAGAAGGGCUAAGAGUCUUUGAUAAAGAAGGGAAUGGUACUGUGAUGGGAGCUGAACUGCGCCAUGUCCUCGCCACUCUUGGUGAGAAGAUGACUGAGGAAGAAGUAGAGACGCUCCUGGCUGGACAUGAAGAUUCAAAUGGCUGCAUCAACUAUGAAGCAUUUAUCAGACACAUCAUGUCAGGGUGAAAUGGUUUGUUGGAGCUGGUCCGAAUGGUGUUGAGCGGCUGAGGAGCAGGAUGCAAGCUUUUUCUUGAUGCCUUUUAUUUAAGUGCCUUUUUUAUGUAAAAUAUAACGUUCCAGUUCAAAAGGUUGUAUCCCCACCCACCCUUUUUUUAUGACUGUGCAUCAGUUUUGAGUGGGGAAGGUAUUUCAAGGAAACCUUAAAUUGUUUUGCUCCAAAGGUAUUAGAAUUCUGAAGCAGCUGAUGAUCCUUCCCCUCCACUUCGCAGUUUAAUUUGCAUUGCAUACCCACACUUUUCUUUUUCUAUGUGGGGAGCAGGCACAUAUGUUUUCUUUUCAGUGCUGUAUUGUGUAAUUUAAAUAAAAUGUAAAUUUAAACAUGAAA